AAACAAAGGAAAGGAGAGAAGAAAGGACAUUGUCAAGAAGAGAGUUAGAUAGCCUCUUCUGGGUUCCAACCAAAUGCGAUCAGAUUAGCUCUCUUCCCAAACCAAAGCUUCUCUUUUCAUUCUCCGCCGUCCAUGAUGAAUAAGAGACUCAAAACGACCACCGAUAAGGGUCAUAAGGCUGUCGUUAAUGUUUGGCAGCGACAGCUCGGCGAGCUCUCCGCCAGAAACUACGCCAACCGCCUCGGUGGCUCCGAGGAUCUGGUGCUUCGGCUCGAUAUCCACAGGAAGCUGGACAAGCAUAGUGGAUGUGUGAACACUGUAAGCUUCAAUGCAGGCGGUGAUGUUUUGAUUUCAGGUUCUGAUGACCAGCGUCUUAUACUAUGGAACUGGGAAACUGGGAAAGUUAACUUGUCGUUGGAUUCCGGUCAUAGUAAUAAUGUUUUCCAAGCAAAGUUCAUGCCUUACAGUGACGAUCGGAGCAUUGUCUCUUGCGCCGCUGAUGGGCAGGUGAGACACACUCAGAUUUCUGAACACGGAAAAGUGGAGAGUUCAAUGUUGGCCAAACAUCGCGGACGUGCUCAUAAGCUGGCUAUUGAGCCUGGGAGCCCUCACAUUUUCUAUACCUGUGGUGAAGAUGGACGGGUGCAGCAUUUUGAUCUCAGAACUAAGGCUCCCACAAAACUUUUGACAUGCCAAACGCUUGAUGGUAGAGAGAGACACUCGCCAAUUACCACUCUAAAUGCAAUUGCAAUUGACCCAAGAAAUCCAAAUCUCUUCGCAGUCGCAGGUUCUGAUGAGUAUACCAGACUUUUUGACAUCCGCAAGUAUAACUGGGAUGGGUCAUCUGAAUUUGGUCAACCCACAGACUACUUUUGCCCACCACAUUUGAUUGGUAAUGACCAAGUUGGAAUUACAGGCUUGGCCUUUUCAGAGCAAAGUGAGCUCCUUGUAUCAUACAAUGACGAGUUCAUCUACCUAUUUACACGAGAAAUGGCAUUAGGACCUAAUCCUCACAUUUCCAUGAGUAGUGAUGGAAGUGAAAUGAGUGAUGAUCGUGAGUCUGAAGCAUCUCCAUCAUCUAUGGAUGCUGAUGAAAAAACCAUUCCUCAAGCUUACAAGGGUCAUAUGAACUCUGAGACAGUGAAAGGUGUGAACUUCUUUGGCCCGAAAUGCGAGUAUGUUGUCAGUGGGUCUGAUUGUGGGCGGAUAUUCAUAUGGAAGAAAAAGGGUGGGGAGUUGAUUCGUGUCAUGGAAGGAGAUAAGGAUGUGGUAAACUGUAUUGAGUCUCAUCCACACACCAUGGUACUUGCAAGCAGUGGAAUUGAACAUGACAUUAAGAUGUGGACUCCAAAGGCUCUAGAGAGAGCUACUCUGCCUCAGACCAUUGAACGGCAGAAACCCAAGCCAAAGAGCUGGAUGUACACCCCUCAGGAAUUGAUGCUACAACUAUUUUCACUGCAAAGGCGUAGGAUGCGCCAAGAGCACAGUGGGGAAAAUUCAUCAGCAGAUCUAGAGCUAAUACUGACAUUAGAUCACGACAAUGAUGAUUCUUCAGGAGAUGAAGGAGACGAAGAUGACAACUCCAGCCAAGGGGAUUUUGUUUUUUGAGUGGAAAGCAAUAUGUGACUGUUGAUUGUACAUGAUUUAGGAUUGAAUGUUGCUUCUUGAUACUUAUCGGGAUCGCAAACUGUCUAAGUUAAUUUACAUUGA